AUGUGGAGAGACCCGGCAAGGGGGUGGUCUCCUGCACCAACUGUGGCCGCAGAGGACACACGGCGGGCCGGUGCAGGAGAGGACCCUAAUGUAAUCGAGGCAGCAUGCAGGGCCCUGGUGGACCAUCCCAGUUAUGGUGUUCUGUUAUGGGAGCUGCUGACAGGAGAGGUGCCUUACUGUGGGAUUGAUGGGCUGGCUGUGGCCUAUGGUGUGGCUGUCAACAAGUUAACCCUCCCUGUUCCAUCCACCUGCCCAGAACCCUUCGCCAAGCUCAUGGAAGAGUGCUGGGAGCAGGACCCCCACAUCCGGCCGUCGUUUGCCUCCAUCCUAGAGCAGCUGACAGCCAUCGAAGAGGCAGUGAUGGCCACCAUGCCCCAGGACUCCUUCCACUCCAUGCAGGAGAACUGGAGGGUGGAGAUCCAGGAGAUGUUUGACGAGCUCAGGACAAAAGAGAAGGAGCUGCGUUGGCGUGAGGAUGAGCUGACGCGUGUGGCACUGCAGCAGAAGUCCCAUGAGGAGCUGCUAAAGAGGAGAGAGCAGCAGCUGGCAGAGCGGGAGAUCAACGUGCUGGAGAGGGAACUCAUCAUCCUCAUCUUCCAGCUCAACAAGGAAAAGCCCAAUGUCAAGAAGAGGAAGGGCAAGUUCAAACGCAGCCACAUCAACCUAAACGACGGCAACCGCAUCAGCCUGCCCUCAGAUUUCCAGCACAACAUCACGGUGCAGGCGUCACCCUCCAUGGACAGGAGGAGUCUGAACAACACCAGCCCCCCCAGCAGCCCCACACUCAUACCCUGCCUCCGGGCUAUCCAGUUGACUCUGGACGAGAGCAACAGAACAUGGGGACGAAGCACCAUCUACAAGCCGGAGGAGUUUGAUGACGUCAAGAUGGGGAUUAAGAAGAAGGGGAGGACGUGGGGACCGAGCUCCGUUCAGACCAAGGAGCGGGGAAACUAUGCUGAAAGAGUGAGGCCACUGUCUGAUGGAAACAACCCCUGGUCCACCAGUCUGGGGAAGUCACAGAAGUCCGUUCCGUUGGCUGCGUUGUUUGCAGAGCAGCAAGGGACCAGUAAAGAGGAGAUGUGCUCGCCAGAUGGCUCGGACAACACCAAACCAAAGCAACUGAAGUUCUCCAAUCAGGUGUACAUCGAUCUACCUCUGUGGAAAGAUGAGCAUCAGCAAGGGGGCGAGGGAACGGCAGGAGGCUGCCCUGGAGAAAGCCUGGAGGACCCCAGCACCACCCCCCAGCACACCCCCGCCAACAGCCUGAAGAGGGCCUCCGCUCGCAGCUGGACAGACACCGUACUCUACAGCUGUGCCUCUAUGCUGGCCUCGGUGGCAUUGGGCUUUGAUUUGCAUGACGUGCUCAAGGCCCCACCAGCAGACGACCCUGAGCCCCAGCCCAGUGUGGAGAAGGAGAAGAAAGAGGGUCUGUUCCAGCGUGCCACACGCUUCCGCCGCAGCACCAGCCCCCCUGUCGGACGUUCCUCCCAUAAGGAGGAGGCAGACUUGUCCUCGUCGGCAGCCUCCCAAGGCCCCGUCAACCUCAUCUCCAUGUCUUCCAUCUCAGAGUGCAACUCCACCAAGCGCUUCCUGCAGUCGGACUUGGAGGGGCCAGAGCCCAGCUCUGUGAAGGAAGUGGCCCCUGUCAGCCUGUCGGACCCCAGGCCACAGCCCAGCAGCGGCUCCCAGCCCCAGGGUCCAGAGGCGCCUGGCUGCAGGACUCCAGCCUCCCCCUCCCCAGCCUGCUGCCCCAGAGCAGACUCACCGUCAGAGUAUGGGCUUUCACCUCUGGAGGAAGAAGUCGGCCGUCGUUCAGGACAGGGCCGCAACAAAAGCUACUCACUGGGCCUAUUCUCUGGAGAGAAGAGCGCCAGGAGCCUCAACAUCGUCCUCUCCUCCGCCGAGGUCAAGAUGGACUGCUCUCUGCUGGACAUGGACACGGAGGGGCAGAAACGUGACUGCACCGUGCCCCUCUGCCGAAUGCAGAGCGGCCCCAGUCGCCCCGCCGUCAGAGUGGCCCCAGUCGCCCCGCCGUCUUCCAACUAG